CUUUCUCCUUUUGCAUCAAGAAAGAAUUUAUAAUCAGAUCGAAAUUAUCCGUCCCGUAUUCUUUCCUUCUGUAGAGAAAAAAAAUGGCGAUGGCGUUGAGACCUAUUGAUAAUGCUCUCCCGACAACACCAGAGAGGCCGAAGAAGCAAGCGAAGGUUUCUGUUCCGGUCCAGAAACAGCCGGACAGCGGCGUGAAUGACGAAAACAGGGCUCCCCUUCCACCUCCGUCGGUUGAUGCCACCGUUGAUUACGUCCCGUCUGAGAAUCUCAAACCCAUUCAAGACCCUGAAUCCAACAUUCAAGGCUUGAUUGAAGGGUUAAAUUCAAAGGAUUGGAUAAAAGUCUGCGAGUCUCUGAACAACGCUAGGCGGCUCUCUCUGUACCACUCUUCUCUCUUGGCUCCCCUCUUGGAAAAGGUCAUUUUGGUGGUGGUGAAGGCGAUGAAGAACCCGAGAAGUGCUCUAUGCAAGACCUCUAUAAUGGCUUCAUCUGAUAUCUUCAAUGCCUUUGGGGAAAAGUUACUUGAAUCCACCAACUCUGAUGCAUUUGAUCAACUACUUCUGCAGCUGCUACUGAAAGCUUCUCAGGACAAAAAGUUUGUAUGUGAAGAGGCAGACAGAGCGCUUAAUGCAAUGGUGAAGUCAAUGUCUUCUCUGCCUCUACUCCAUAAGCUCCGUGGAUAUGUCAGCCAUGGAAACCUUAGAGUCAGGGCCAAAGCAGCUGUUUCUAUCUCCAAUGCUGUCUCCAAGAUGGCUCUGGAAGAAAUGACGGAAUUUGGGUUGGUUCCCCUGCUUCAAAUGGCUGCAGAUUUAAUGAAUGACAGGCUACCAGAGGCUAGAGAAGCAGCGAGGAGAAUUGUGAUCGCGGCACACAAGGCAUUUAUGGAGAAGGAGGAGCAGGAGGCAUGGGAAAGCUUUUGCCAGACAAAUUUAUCAACCAUUCAUGCUCAGUCCUUGUUCAAAGUUGUUUCUUCCCAGUAGUCUCUACAGUAGCUGUGGCAUAAGGGCACAUGUAGGAGCAUUUUCUAGGUGAGGGUAAGACUUUGAGAAGCUUCUUUCAUGUAAAUGCAGUUUUACAUGAUUCUAGAACAAUUAUCUUGUUCCUGCAAAAUUCAUUUCCAAUAGAACAGCAGCCAGACUCCAGGCAUGCACAGUCCUGAAUUGUCAAAUAAAAUAUCAACACCAUU